UCUGAAAUCGAUGAAAUUUCUACUUCCACCUGAGAAGUUCUGUUUGAAGCCACGCACUGGCCACGUACUUUUGGUCAGUCAUUAGGCGUCAAGAAAAGCAAGUUGAACAAAAACUACUGAAACAUUCGACAUCUGUACACGUGCCUUCGAAAGUUUAGAGGUCAAAUUAAGUUCAUCUGUAAAGUGAAUUUUAGGUUCAUCCUGAAAUGUCACCCCAAAGUCAAAUACAUCUCUAACCAUUUGUGAGUACUGUAUGCUUGACGUAAUAAAGUGUAUUUAGAAAAAAAAUACAAUAACGAGUUAUAUGUAGCAUCCAUAUUUAGCACCGCUUGGCUGCAUUACGGUCAGUGGUGAGCUGGCGCAAACAGUCCGUUGGGAGUGGAGCUAUAGAAAGCUAACCGUUUAGCUGUUUAUUAAAAGAUAAUAAAGCUAUAACUACCUUCUCAACCUCGACAUUAAUUGUUGUGCCAUAUACCGCGGUGCACUUGCUCUUCUGGUGGGAAGUGUCCGUGGAGCUGUGCCGCUGCCCGGUCCGUGUGUGGAGGGGAAAUCGCAAAUAGCGAUGCGAUGUUACUAACCAGAAUAUUACGACCCUAACUGCUGCUUCGGUUAAGCUAUUUGUGAGUUGUUGAGCCAUCAUUAGUGAGUUUGAUGACAUGGUGAAGCAUGCUUUUUAACUUUUUUCGGGUAUGAAGGGGUCUUCUAGCUUGUGACAGAAAGUCUUUCCUGUCUGUGACAGGUAGUACUUCCUGUUAAAUUACAAGCUAAAAUAAUACCUAGCUUACAUCGCAAUAGAUUACAAUAUGGUUGAAAAAUCCAUUUAUUUCAGUACUCAUACAGUAUGUGGAUUCUUUAAACACUUGGGAAAAUACUGUUCAGCGGGCACUUCACUUUUUGAAUUGAACUACCUAACGAAAUUAAGCUUGACACUAUUUGCAUGUGAGCAUUUGACAUGCGCACGUAAGAGCAAUUGACAUACUAGCUCGAGCGUUUUUGACAUGCACGUGUGAGUCCGGUUGACAUGCACGAGUGGGCGAGUUUGACAAUAAGAGCGUUUGAGGAGUGAUUAUGAGCGCAAGACAUUCAGUCCUGCGUAUGAGAGCAUUUCACUCGUGUUUGUACGAGCAGUUGAAAAGCGUUUAUGAGCGAAAACAUUUCAGUAUUGUGUAAUAGAGCCUUUUAGUAGUGUGUAAGAGAGCAUUUGAAUAGUGUGACAGCUAAUCCUAAAUAAUGUCUGUAAUGGCCCCUCAUAAAACAUAAUGCUCACACAUAUUUGACAACCAUUAACACGCUUAUUACUACACUUUCACACUGAUUCAAAUUGAACCGCUGUACCAAUACUAAAAUUUUCCUGACCUAUACAUUUACAAAAUUUGAACUUUAUUUUAAUUUUUUUUCUGCCAUUGCAACCACACAUUGCCAAUAUGAAUAAACAUGGAACCUAUGAAAAAGUUGGAUAGGCACGCCGAGUCAUACAUUUGUGCCUGAGGUAUAGUGCAUCAGAGGUCAGUUGGUCUCAAGGCAGAAUAAAAGAAUCUGGACUAUUAUCCUAAGCAUGUGAUUUUGUAUGAGGGCAGACACAAAGUUGUGCGCGCGUGAGUGCGUGUGCAUGAGAUCACACUUUACUGCGUCCGCGGACGCCCCCUAAAUCAGCUCAAUGAGUUUGGAGCGAACAGUUUACUGUGGGCAGGGUGGAGACAGCGAGGGUGGAAGGAGGUUGGAGGCUUGGAGGGGAACACAUUGGCAGAGCACAUUCUCAAACAGCACAAAAGGUAGUUUUAAUAAAUGUGGAUUUCAAAGAUGCAAAUGAAUUUGUUUGUGUGUGGCUGACUAAGCCGGGGUAACUUUAUCUUUUCGACGGGUGUUACAGUGACCGACUGACUGCCAAUACUUGAGCAUGAGGAGCCUGUUUGCGGCCGUGCUUCUUCUGCAGCUUCUCGGGGCCUGCUUUUGCCAAUUCCCUCGCCCCUGUGCCAACACAGAGGCCCUACGGACCAAAGAGUGUUGCCCCGUGUGGGAUGGAGACGGCUCAGCGUGCGGCGCCCUGUCGGGCCGCGGUUUCUGCACAGAGGUGGAAGUGUCAGAAGAGCCCCACGGCCCGCAGUACCCCCACAGUGGGAUUGACGACAGGGAGCGCUGGCCUUUGGCUUUCUACAACCGAACCUGUCGCUGUGCGGGAAACUACGGCGGUUUUAACUGCGGCGAGUGCAAGUUUGGCUACUGGGGAGCAAACUGUGCAGAAUACAGGGAAUCGGUGCGGCGAAACAUCCUGAAGCUGUCAGCUGCUGACCGACAAAAGUUCAUCUCCUACUUAAACCUGGCCAAGAACACUGUCAGUCCUGACUAUGUCAUCACGACGGCAACCAGAGCAGAGAUGGGCGAAAAUGGUGAGAAUCCUAUGUUCGCUGAAAUCAACACUUAUGAUCUGUUCGUCUGGAUGCACUACUACGUGUCGCGGGACGCCUUCCUGGGAGGGCCAGGGAACGUGUGGACGGACAUCGACUUCGCCCAUGAAUCUGCAGCCUUUCUGCCCUGGCAUCGAGUCUACCUGCUUCACUGGGAGAAUGAGAUAAGGAAGCUAACAGGAGAUUUUAACUUCACCAUCCCAUACUGGGACUGGAGGGACGCCCAAACCUGUGAGGUGUGCACAGAUAGUUUGAUGGGGGGCCGCAGCCCCUUCAAUCCAAACCUCAUCAGCCCUGCCUCGGUCUUUUCAUCAUGGAAGGUGAUCUGCACUCAGCCUGAGGAAUACAACAGUCGCGAGGCAUUGUGCAAUGCUACAGUGGAAGGACCACUGCUGCGUAACCCUGGCAACCACGAUACGAACCGAGUGCGGCGACUGCCGACAUCAGCUGAUGUCGACUUCGCCUUGGGCCUCCGCGAGUACGAGACCGGACCCAUGGACCGAUUCGCCAACAUGAGCUUCAGGAACGUUGUUGAGGGUUUUGCCAGCCCAGUCACAGGCAUGGCAGUUCAAGGCCAAAGCACCAUACACAACGCCUUGCACGUCUUCAUGAACGGCUCCAUGUCCUCUGUGCAAGGUUCCGCCAAUGACCCCAUAUUCCUCCUGCACCACGCUUUCAUAGAUAGCAUCUUUGAGCGCUGGCUCCGAAACCACCAGCCUGAACGGGCCUUCUAUCCAUUUGCCAAUGCUCCCAUUGGCCACAAUGAUGGCUACUACAUGGUGCCAUUCCUGCCUCUUUAUAGAAAUGGAGACAAUUUCCUCUCCACCAAGUCAAUGGGAUACGAAUAUGCCUAUUUGUUGGACCCAGGCCAGAGAUUUGUACAAGAAAUCCUGACGCCUUACCUCCAGCAGGCCCAGCAGAUCUGGCAGUGGCUGCUGGGAGCCGGUCUCAUCGGUGCGUUCAUCGCGGCAGUCAUUGCGGUCAUUGCUGUCGUAGCAAGAAGGAAAUGGAGACGGAACCAGAGGAGGAAGCGGGCCUCCAUUUUUGGAGAACGACAGCCGCUUCUUCAGAGCAGCUCGGAGGAAGGUUCAGCUUCCUAUCAGACUACUCUGUAACACACACACAGUAUAUUCUGGCUAUACAUACACAGGAGUUUAAGUAACAACAAUGGGACAUUUUACAUAAUUCCAUUUUUACGUAAGAUCAUAUUUGGUGAAGCGUCAAUGCACCUGAAUCAAAAGUUUCGACUC